AAUUCACGUCAAAUUUCAAUUGCGUCAUCUCAUUUUUCCGCCCAAAACAAAUCCUCCCUUCGCGCUCGUCAAGGGGAGAAAGAGAAAAGACAAAACGAGCAGAGAAAAUGACGGAAAGUGAGGGAAAGUGUAAGAAAAUGGGCAAAGAGAAGAGAGGUAGAAGCUUCAUCGCCUUCACCGGAGCUGCGGCGGUGCUUGGAAUUGCGGCGAACCUAGCUAUCACCGCAAUCAAGUACCAGAAGGCAAAAAAUGCUAAGAAGAAAGAUCUUGCAGGUUCCAAGGUGCGCGUUAAUCUCUCUGCAUCUGAGAUUCUUAAGCUGGCUGAGCAAAUCAUUGCUAACUCAAACAAGGCCCAUAAUUCUGUUGCGUCGGUGCCUCUCGACAAGGUUACAUAUGCAAAUGUUAUAUCACCUCUGGCAGAACUGCAAGCGCAGCAAUUCCCACUGGUCCAGUCUUGUGUGUUUCAGAAGAUGGUAUCUACUCGAGAGGAUGUACGCAAAGCAAGUGCAGAAGCAGAGCGAAGAAUAGAUGCUCAUCUUGAUGCGUGCAGCAAACGUGAGGAUGUGUAUCUUGUCAUUAAAGCAUUUGCAGUAAAGGGGGAGUGGAUGAAUGCUGAAGCCAAACGCUUUGUUCAAAUCCUGGUGAGAGAUUUUGAGCGAAAUGGAUUGAACCUCACAGCAAGCAAAAGAGAAGAGUUGCAGCGUCUUAGGGCUCAGAUUGAUGAAUUAAGUUUUAAAUACAUCCAAAAUCUCAAUGACGAUAGCAAGUUUCUUCUCUUCACUGAGGCAGAGUUAGCUGGAUUACCUCCAGAGUUUCUCAAGGGUUUAGAUAAAUCGGAAAAUGGAAAAUUUAAAAUUUCCCUGAGAAGUCAUCUUGUUGCAGCUGUACUUGAAUUUUGCAAGGUUGGAACUACCAGGCGGAUGGUAUCAAGGGCAUAUGGGAAUCAGUGUGGAGAAAUCAAUGUUUUUAUCUUAGAAAGCCUGGUGCAACAACGCCAUAAAUAUGCUCGUUUACUUGGCUACUCAUGCUAUGCAGAGUAUGCCAUCGAUGUUAGAAUGGCAAAGACACCAAAAAAGGUUUUUGAGUUCCUGAAAGACAUAUCGACAAGUUUAACUGACUUGGCCAUGAAAGAACUUAAUAUCUUGAAAGAUUUGAAGAAGAAAGAGGAAGGGGAGUUUCCAUUUGGAAUUGAGGACCUACUGUAUUACGUAAAACGGGUUGAAGAGCAGGGUUAUGAUUUGGACUUUGGAGAGAUCAAGCAAUACUUUCCAAUUAGUGUGGUUUUAUCAGGGAUCUUCAAAAUUAUCCAAGAUCUAUUUGGCUUAAGGUUUGAGAAAAUUGCAGGAGCUGAUGUUUGGCAUUGUGAUGUUUGUGUUUUUUCAGUGCUGGACUUGGGUUCUAGUGAACUCUUAGGUUAUUGCUACUUUGAUUUGUUCUCAAGGGAAGGAAAGUAUGGUCAUACUUGUGUGUUGGCUCUCCAGAACAGUGCAUUAACAAGCAAUGGGGCACAGCAGAUACCAGUUGCAUUGUUAAUAUCUCAGUGUCAGAAGGAUGCUGAUGGUAGUUCUGGAUUAUUACGGUUUUCUGAAGUGGUCAGUCUUUUCCAUGAGUUUGGCCACGUGGUUCAACAAAUUUGCAACCGUGCAUCAUUUACCAGAAUUUCUGGAUUAUGUGUUGAUCCUGACUUUGUGGAGAUACCUGCUCAACUGUUAGAAAACUGGUGUUAUGAAAGCUAUUCUCUCAAGUUGAUUUCAGGAUUUUAUCAGGAUAUUACAAAACCGUUAAAGGAUGACAUAUGCAAAUCAAUUAAAAGAUGGAGGACUUCUUUUUCUGCACUUAAAUUGAAGCAAGAUAUUCUCUGCUGUCUUUUUGACCAAAUCAUACAUUCUGCGGAUAACAUAGACAUUCAGGAAUUAUUCAAGCAUCUUCAUCCCAUGGAGAUGUUAGGCUUGCCAAUAUUAGAAGGAACCAAUCCAGCGUCAUAUUUUCCUUCUACUGUCAUUGGUUAUGAGGCAGCUUGCUACAGUCGUAUAUGGAGUGAGGUUUUUGCUGCUGAUAUAUUCACCUCAAAGUUCUGCAACGAUGUUUCAAACCAGCAAGCGGGCAUGCAAUUCAGGAACAAGGUAUUGGCCUCGGCAGGAGUGAAAGACCCCAUUGAUGUGUUAUCAGACUUUCUAGGAAGAGAACCAUCAAUCCAAGCUUACAUUGAGAACAAAGUCAAGUAUGUUUUGUAAGGCUUUUUGGCCGGACGUGUACAUUGACAAAUUUUUAUUUGGCCAGAAUCAGUCUAUUGGCACUUUAUUGCUUUUUUUGGAGCAUUAAAUGAAAAUUAAUGGGUCAGUGUAAAAAUUAGUACAUAUUAUUUUUAUUAUGCAAAAUUAAUAAAAAA